CUCCUUUUCCUUGGCGGUGACCGUCCAUCGCAUCUCCCUCAUUUUAGAAUUUUGCUUUCGAUCGUAACUAAUAAUUUGUACUAUUGUCGUUUUUACGCUUCUUAGGCUCUACCACUAAUAGCAGUGACACCUGGCCGGUGCCCUCAUCUAAUUAACUAAUAUCCAGCAGCCGAGGCAUCGCGCCACGUUCAAUAUUUCCACCCUCCGACCUGAGAUCCAAAACUUGUCCCAUGCCCGGUCCCUUGUCUCACCCUCUUUCUCCGACGGUCUGAUAUUUACGAGACAUAUCAGUCACCAUUACUUCCGCAUACUCCACCGGCGCCAUGGUCAUGGCAAGUGACGCUGCUGAGCAUGUCACAACGCCUUCCACCAUUGCCGUCAACAAUGAUGAUGUUCAUAAUCUCCCCUCUGAGAUCAACCUCUUGACCCUCAACUGCUGGGGUCUUCGCUACAUAUCGACCCAGCGAGUUGCAAGGCUUGACGAGAUAGGUCAUAGAAUUGCACAUGCUGUCCCUACACCGCAUAUCGUUUCCUUGCAGGAAUGUUUUACGCAGGAGGACUACCAAGCCAUUCGGCAUCACACUCGCCAGGUUCUCCCGUAUGGAAAGUUCUACCACAGCGGUGCUUUUGGUGGCGGUCUGGUCAUCUUGAGUCACUGGCCGAUCGAGGAGAGUACCAUGUUCAAGUAUCCCCUCAAUGGACGGCCAACUGCAUUUUGGAGAGGAGACUGGUAUGUAGGCAAGGGUGUUGCUUGCGCCAAAAUUCGCUUUGGGCCAAGGAGAAAGGACAUUAUCGAGGUCUUCAACACACAUACUCACUCCCCAUACGAGCCCGAGCCCGUGAGUACAUACGAUUGCCAUCGAGUUGCGCAGUCAUGGGAGAUUUCAAAGCUUUUGCGCGGCGCUGCUGAACGUGGACACCUCGUUAUCGGAAUGGGUGAUUUCAACAUGUUACCCUUGUCCAUAUUUCACCGUGUGAUAACAGCACAUGCGCCUGUUCAUGACGUCUGGCGCAAAUUACACCCUGACAGCGCUCUUGGUCCUGCCUACCAUCCAUCUGAGAAGGAUCGUCAUCGGCCAUUACCGACAGCCGACUUCAAUCUUGUCGAGAAUGGCGCAACUAGCAAUUCCGUCUAUAAUACAUGGCGCUGGAACAAAAAUCAGCAGAACAGGCUCAAGGGAGGCGAUCUCUGCGAGGUCCCACCCGAUACGAUUGAUCCUCAAGGUCAGCGACUCGACUACAUCUUUGCCUCGACAGGUAUCGACCCCGAUGCUCCUGCUACCGCUCCUGGUUGGAUCGUCAAGUCGGCUCAUGUUUCAAUGACUGAGCGGCAUCCUGAUCUCCUCUGUUCCCUCUCCGACCACUUUGCUGUUCAAGCCACGCUCGUCCGGCAUACCCCUUCCCCAUUGCCUAUUAAAGCUGAUCCCCGCUCCGAAACACCAUCUGCUGCUCUCCAGACUGGCGCAUACUUGGCCCCCAGUAGCCCGGCUAGCAGCAUUCACUCAGGUGACGCAGCGCAGACUGCGGAUCCCGAUACCCAGCUGAGGCGAGGUCGCUUCUUUAAUCGCGAUUUAUUUCACGCGUCCACCUAUGAUGAGAUUCUGGGAAUGAUACAAAAAUACCAUGCUCGCGAGAUUCGCCAGCGCUACUGGCGGGGUGUGCACUUCUUUGGCGCAUUGCUUGUCUGGCUAGCAUGUCUUGUCGCUGUCUGGUUUAGUCCUGGAAAUUAUGUCGCAUUCGUCCUCAUGCUGGCCAGCAGUCUUAGCUUGGUCGCUGGUGUUAUCGAUGGUCUGCUCUCGCUACUCUUCUUCUCUUGGGAAAUCCGGGCCCUCAAGGAAUUUGAGUGGGAGAUUCGCAAUGCCAAAGCCGUUGCAUCUGGUGACCCAGCUGCUUUAACAGAGUCUGGUUCGUACAGCAACACCAACCAAAGGUCCAAAUCGCAAUGAAGGAUGCACGCUUAAUAUUAUGGUAAUGAUUUGAUGUUUCUGCAUAGGGAUAGGAUGAUGAAAUGAGGAUCAGGAUGAAGGUAUACAUGCCAAUAAGGCCUAGCGCUUAAUGUCUAUUCGUAAUACUGCUCUCGAUGAUUUUGAGGGCUGAACACCUUCGUAUCUCAUACCGG